AUGACGAAAAAUCGUCAACUCAAGAGCGAUCACAGUCCGACUAGUGACGUCAUGGACAACGAAGAGGCCGAGAAUGUUAAUGUGGAGAGGUCCAACGGAUAUGUGAAGCUUCUGCUACCAACGCCGCCGCUCGGGCUCGGAGUUCUUACUGUUACCUUUCUCAGAACAGGGAGUCCUAUAUUGUUUCUCUGUCAAAUAAUAUUACUAGGCUUUCUGCACUUUGUGGUACUUCUUGGGAAUAUCGUGGCCCUGGUAACUGUAGUGGUACCAAUAAUGGGUGGCGGGAAGAAGGAAAAGGUAACACUGGUGAUGAAUCUGUUGUUCAUUUCUGGUAUCAACACACUGGUGCACGCCUUCUAUGGGACUAGACUUCCUGUGGUGAUCGGAAGCUCGUUCGCUUACCUCAUCCUGGUCAUAAGCAUAGCGGACUCCAAACAUGGAAUACCAAACCCCCAGAGAUUUGAGGACACAAUACGAGAGGUACAGGGAUCUCUUCUGGCGGCAUCACUGUUACCGAUCUUCCUUAGUUUGUUGCCCGGGCUUGUGAGAUUUAUAUGGAGGGCUCUUGACCCAAUUACCAUGAUACCAAUGAUCAUAUUCACAGGCUUUGGACUUGUAAAUUUUGGUUUACCACAGCAGCACACAUAUAUGGCCAUAAUCCACAACGGCUGGGUUGUGAUGCACGGAGGACUUGGCUUGUUGGUCAACACUGGCUUCAGGAUCCCCUUGCCGUUCCAAUGGGGAAGUCCUAAGCUUGAUAUGAGACAUGCAUAUGCAUUGAUGGCCGCUUCUAUAGUUUCUAUGGUGGAGUCCACUGCUUCUUUUGUUGCAGCAUCUAGGUAUGCCGGUGCCACCUGGAUGCCACACACUGUGCUCCAGCGUGGUCUUUGUCUGGAGGGAUUUAGCAGUGUUUUGAAUGCCAUGUUUGGAGUGAGUGGCUCCACAGUAUCCAUUGAAAAUGUAGGCCUGUUGGGAUUUACACGGGUCGGAAGCAGAAAAGCAGUCAUGGUUGCAGCUGGCUUUAUGAUUUUCUUCUCCGUCACAGAUGUUUUGGGAGCAUUUGUUGCAUCUUUGCCAUUGUCUAUCAUAGCAGGCUGGUCUUUGAUACUUCAUGGCUAUGUUGCGUCUGUGGGAACUAGUUUCCUACAGUUCUGCAACCCCAACAGCCACAGGAUGACAGGAACAUGCUGA